AGGGACAGGCAAAGGCUUAAACAAACCCGUUGAUCUCCGUCCCGUUGCCUGAAGAACGUCCACUGACACGCUCACACGUGUCAGCCGUUAGGUGGAUAGUCCAGUCUUGCUUUCUUCCUUAUCAGAUCUUCCUCGCCUACCGAUUAAUAAAAGUCUCAUCUUUAUCGUCUCCUUCCGUCUUCUCCCACCACAUUUUCAACGCUCCUUUUCUGAACGCGCUUCCCCCUUUCCUCGAAGCAUCCGUCCGGGUUUGGAAUUCUCCAGAGUAAAUAUAAUGAGCCGGCCCCAGGAACCACACCGACCCUUUUUCCCAUUUGGAAAUCCUUUCAGGAUGAUGUCACCAAAGGGAUCUCAAUUAUCUCAAGCUCUUCUUGAACUGUUGAACUCUUUUGAGGAAACUUUGGCAGAGAGAUUGAGAAAGCUUGAGACCGUGGGUGAUGUUCUUAGUUUGGCGUGGAUGAAGUCUGCCAUGGAGUCGCUUUGUGAAACCCACAAAGAGAUUAAGACCCUUAUCGCUAGACUUGAGCUUCCUGUUUCCGACUGGGAUGAAAAAUGGAUCGAUGUUUAUCUUGACAUUAGUAUUAAGUUGCUUGAUAUCAGCAAUGCGUUUAGCUCGGAGCUAUCGCGCAUGAACCAAGGCCAUCUGUUGCUCCAAUGUGCUCUGCAUAAUUUGGAAGCGAACUCUCCGCAGCAGUUUGUUCGUGCUCGAUCUUCCCUUGAUGGCUGGAGGAGGCAGAUCAGGACAAAGAACCCUCGCCUUCAGAAGUGUUGCAGUUUUCUGGAUGGGCUGAUGGAGACUCUUAACUUGCCUAAGGUCAAGAACUCUGCCAAAGGAAAGGUUCUGAUGCGGGCAAUGUAUGGAGUUAAGGUGCAGACACUCUUUAUAUGCAGUGUCUUUGUUGCUGCCUUCUCUGGCUCCUCCAAGAAGUUGUUCGAAUCAGAUGUUGCUGACACAUACUUGUGGGCACAAGAUUUCAAGCACCUACGAGGAAAUGUAAACCUGAAAAUAAGGAAAAAGCUCUCUAGCCAGAGCGGACAUCUCGUGAAGGAGCUCGAGGGGGUUGAUACCGCAGUCGAGAAACUAUAUCCACUGACACAGAAUGACUUCAUCUCGCUGGAGGAAGAAUCAUUGCGGAGUUCCGUCAAACAACUAGGAAUUGAGGCGGACAAACUUUCAGGAGGACUUAAUCUUCUCGUUAAGGAAGUAGAUGGCUUUUUCCAGAUAGUUCUAACUGGGCGCGACGCACUGCUAAGUAGUCUAAGAGCAACCUGUACAGGUACUGACCCAACAGUAGGGAAAAGGGUAGGACAGUCGGUGGUAUGAAGUUUGUGUUCAAGCUACAGGCUUUCAGACGCUGGCAAACGUGUUAAUCUAGGUAUGGUACUCUUUUAUGUUUUGAUUGUGGAGAAUCUUAGUACCGUGUGCUUGUGUGAUAAUGUGGUAUUAAAUGUAAGGCAGGUGUUGCACACCUCGAUAUAUAAGGGACUUGUGUUGUAUGUUUACUGGUUUUUAAUUCUACAGUCUUCUCUAUAUAGCCUAAUAAUGUAUUGUAUUAUCUCUGUAAUAUGGAGGUGGAAAAGGGUAUUUUCUAAAA